ACUGUUAAAAUGACAUUGACAGCAAAGAUACGAACAACAGUUUGUUGUGUUUUGUUUUGAUAACAAUAAUAAUUUGCAAUUGUUAGCACUCCAUUAAAAUGUAGUUAAACAAGAAGACAGAAUUCAGUUUCAUUUCAUAAGUCGCAUUUGCAUUCAUUUUAAAAUAACAUUCCGAACGAAACAGCACUAUAUUUGAACUUGAAAUAAUGAGUAGCUCAAGAAGCUCGGAUCGAUCAGUGAGUCAACAAGUGCCACCGGUACAACAUGAUAAAGUCGAAGUAAUUGAAUUCAGUACCGGCGAGGGUAGAAUUCGCAUCAAUAAGAAGAACACCAAAACUUACUACAACCAAACGAAAUAUGAUCAGACUGAUAAUGCGGACAAUGUCUGGCACAUGGUGGUGGUCCAUCACGAGGGAAAGUAUAAGAAAGCUGAGAUCGUUGAAAAACUGUUCGCAAUUGCCGAUCAUACCGAUUUUUAUGUCGUCGCUUACAGGCAAUGCGCCCGAGAAGAUUAUUUCUUGAUUCGACUCUGCCGGCAGUUCAUUGCAAAGCUGUUCCACCAAUGUCUGAAAGUCAAAAUGGGAAGUGGCCCGUUAAUGUACUUCAGCGUUAAAAUGAAUGUUGCCGACUAUAAGUCAGACCAGAUCCAUCAUCUGUCAACGUUUGAGAAGGCAUUCACUGAACGGUGCAAUCAUUACGAACUGUUCGAAGAUGUGGAAAAGGUGCUGAAUCUGGAUAAGUUCGCCCAGAGUCCGGAAUUCGCUGAAUUGAUCUUUACAUUGGGGAACAAAUCGAGCCUCACAUUGCUCUGUUCGACAUUGACGAAGCACUGUGAUAUUUUCAAAAUGGUGAACGGUAUUCGGUUGUCCAACAAUCAAAUAUCAGAUCUCAGCCCAUUCGAAAUGCUUCCAGCUGUUGACAUUGCGAUGAUUGAUUUGAGAAACAAUAAGAUCACCGACGUUUCUCAACUGAAACAUUUGAAGAAAAUGAACCUAACGGAACUGUUCAUUGCCAACAAUCCCAUUACGCAAACAGACGGAUUAAUGGCACAAAUUCAAGAGACUCUUCCAAACAUCGUCAAAGUUGACGGUGUGUACACUCGCAAUGUGCUUCCAUCAUUGAGACACUUAGGUUCGGGUGUCAAUGUGAUCGAAGUAAUUUUCCAAGGUGAUACCAUACAAUCGGCCGAAUCGCUGCCGCCGCAUAUUUUCCUUAAAUACAAGACCAGCGACAUGUGGCAUCAAGUGAUUAUCAACCAUAACGGAAAAUAUGGAAAAACGGAACUGCUGAUGGCCAUAUUCACCUUACUACCCAGCCACGAAUUCUAUCCGUGCCACUAUCAGAUCGGCGACAAAUGCGACAGUUUCUUCAUUCGAAAUUGUUUCGAGCAAAUGGAAUUCCUGUACAGGGAAAAGCUGCGAGUGCCGAUACCGUGCACGAACGAUUCCGUUACGGUGACGUACAAAAUGAACGUGGCCAAUUUCAAGAAGGAACAAAUCGAUCCACCCGAAUGCAUUCUGAAUGCGAUUGAGUCGUCGUUUCAUUUGAAGGACAAAUGUUUGAAUCUCGAGCGAUUCUCUGGCCGACCUGAAUUGAGCCACAUUGAACUUGUUCUGGCAGCGCCACGGACCAUGAUGCAUAUAUUGUUGAAGGGAGCACGGUCUUUUAUGACGAAUAUUGAGAAAGUCGUACUUCGGGACAAUGAUCUCGAUUCGUCUAAAGGAAUGGGUCCGCUGACAUGGAUGAAAAGUUUGAAUUCAAUUGACCUGAGCAAAAACAAGAUUAAAAACAUUGCCGACCUUGAGAAGUUCCCGAAAGUUGGUGUCAUCACUAGCAUUAAACUACACGACAAUCCACUUUGUGCCAAAUAUAAAUCGCCAAUCGAAUACAUUUCCGCCGUCAAAAAAAUGUUUCCCGACAUUCAAAGCCUAGACGGCCGACUGCUGAGUCCGGACAGAUGUUGUGUGGCUCAGAAAAACUAUUUGUGUUCCCUAGACACAUAUGACCUGACUGCGCAGUUCAUUCAUCACUACUUCAAUGUAUACGAUUCGAACACACGAAGUACCCUGAGCGGACUGUACAGCAAAAAGGCGAUUUUGUCGAUAAGCUCGAAUUUGAGUGGUGUCGCCGGCAAAGCUUCCAGCAAUCGUCUUCAAGUGUACCAAUCGAAAAGUCGAAAUGCUCUCAGAAUGCCUAAAGCUGCGUUGACAAAGAGCAUCAUUUACGGUUCUGAAGACAUCAAACAGCUGUGGAAGGAAUGGCCUGCAACGCAGCAUGAUUUUCAGAGCUUUACAAUCGAUGUGACAUACAAUUCGCCGUUGAUAGUGGUGCUAACUGUGAGCGGAGUAUUCAAAGAACAGGGAUCCACGUUGAACGAAGAAGAUGUGUUGUUGGGCUUCACUCGAACGUUUGUGUUGAAACGGGUUGCUGAGGGUGCUGGUUUUUUCGGUCACAGCGUUCAGUAUUCGAUCAUUAAUGAAAUGCUGUUCGUACACCGACCAUCCGUCUAUCAAACCAAAAAUUCUUUUCGACGUGUCGAUAACAUGCUAAUGGAUACGGACGAUGAACGACUGUCAUCUGACGAAAAAGAGGGUAUGGUGAUCAUGUUCCAAGAACUAACGUGUCUGGUUCCAUUGUGGUGCAUUAAAUGCCUCGAUCAAUCAUCUUGGAACUUUAAGAACGCAAUCGAUUUGUUUACGCAUCUGUGCGACGAAAAUAAAGUUCCAGACUGUGCAUUCAAUUUCGAUGCAAACGCUACAUGAUAUUGUUCUGCUCGCUUAGUAACGAGUGGCGAAGUUGAAUUUACGACGAAUAAAAUUUUCAUUUUUCUAUUACAA